AUGACUAGUAAACAUCAUAAUCAAUCCUCUCGUCGUCAUCCACUUAAACGUGUACGUCCAGAUAAUGAAAAUCAAGGUUCAAUUAUAUCUUCUAAUGGACGAAAUAAUAAAAAAUUUUGUCGUCAACCUUCUGAAGAUUCAGCAUUUAUUGACACAGAAAAAUCUUCAGAUGAACGUGCAUUUGAUCUUUUUCAUAAAGAAUAUUUUCCACAAUUUCGUCCUUAUUUUAAACAUCGAUCUAUUGUUAUACAAUUUAUUGAACAUUUAUGGUCGAAUAUGAUUGAAUUUUCUAAAGUAUCAUUUGUUAAAAAAAUUCUUAAAGAACAAGGAAUUUAUGAUGUAUCUACGACAAAUUUUAGCGAUACUGAAACAUUUUCUAAUGAUGAAAAUGAUUCUCAAUUAAGUAAAUCAUUAAAUGAAUCAAAUCGAAGUAUUUCAACAUGGAAUACAAAUAAUCGAUAUAGUCGAAGUUUUAUAAACGAACUUUUAUCUUAUUUAAAAUAUUCGGUAACACCUCGAUUUAUAGAUAAAAAAUCAUCAUCAAAAAUAAUUGCACCACUUCGUCGUUCAUCUCGUAUUCGUCGAGCACCAAUUAAAUGUGUUUGUUCAACAUGUAUUACUACACGUGCAUCAGAAGAACAUUCAUCUUCGACAUCAAUUAUAAACGAUGAUUCAGAACAUAAAAUUUUUCAACAUUUAAUUGAACAUUAUCAUCAACUUGAUGAUCAAUAUAUUAAUAUAUCAAAUUCAUCGAUAUUAACUGAUAUUAAUAAAUGUAAUGAAACAACUGAUAGUCAAAUACAAAUGCCAUUACCUGAAGUUAUAGAAACGGUUACACAUACAGCAAUAUCACCACCAUCAUCGCCCAUAAUUCCUGCAGCAUCAGUUAAUAAUUCGUCGGCACUUUCAGAAUCAUUUGAAGUAUUUGUUGAUCCUUCGGCAAUUUCGAAUGAAAAAAUUAUAUUAGAUACAUCAGUAGCACUUUCAGAAUCAUAUGAAUUAUUUGUUGCACCUUCAACGAGUUCCAAUGAAAAAAUUAUAUUAGAUGCACCACUUGAUCAUUCGGUAGCACUUUCCGAAUCAUUUGAAUUAUUUGCUGAUCCAUCAUCAAUUUCCAAUGAAAAAAUUAUAUUAGAUACACCAGAUGAACGACCACCACCACCAGCAAGACGUACAUAUGUUAUUUUGACCGAACUUGAUGAACCAUUUUUUGGUCCUUAUCCAAUUGAGUUUACUAUAACAAUUUGA